AUGCCUUUCCUCGGCUUCCGCUGGGUCGUCAACUUCGUGUUGCUGGCCGUCCCCAUCGGAGCGACUCUCGGUAUCCUCAUUGGAAUCGACGCUGGCAGGAGUUCAAACGGACAAUCGCCAAUUUUCACCGAGCCUGACAACCCGGGCACGACACCAAAGAACAAUGGCAUCACGGCAAUGGUAUCAUGCGACAAGGCAAUGGGUCUUCACCCUCUGUCCAAGGGUCAGGAGUACACACUGAACCCGAACCAGUGGGGUUGGACAGAAGGCACAGAUGGUCUCUUGUGUAUGAAUGUUACCACAUUCAACAACCAGACAUACGAUACCGACUUCAGCGCCCCCGAGUUCUACGUCACAUGGCGCUACCCCCGUGGCCCCGAGACGCAGCCCGUCCACGCUUUCCCCAACAUCAAGGUCGACGGCAGCUCUCUCCCGGUCUCCAUUCCCAAGCUCUCAAACAUUAACGUAGAUGUCGAGUGGUCCUACUCUGUCGGCAACUAUACCACCGAUGGCGCAGCUGCGACGAACACCGACGAGACUGAGCUUACCGACAAUGACACCAACACCAACGUCGCCAUCGAUAUGUUCUUGGACGACGACAAGACCUCGGCGCAAGACAGUACCAAGGCGAAGUACGAAGUGAUGGUGUGGUUUGGCACAUUUGGCGCAGCGACACAGCCCAUCGGUUACCAAAAUGGCGCCGGCGCACUUACCACAGAGACGAUCAACGGAACCACAUUCCAACUCUUCUUUGGACAAAAUAGUUUGAGCCAAUACGUCUUGACCUGGAAGGCCACGGCAACGAUCGAGCACUUUGUCGGCGAUCUCGCCCCCCUUCUGACGAAGCUUACCACCAUGACCAACGCCAACUUCCCUACGACCUCGACAUAUCUCGGCUACAUGGGUCUUGGUUCCGAAGCGCUCUCAGCCACCAACGUUGUCACGUUCCGCGUACCGACCCUAUCGAUGGAGAUCAAGGCAUCAUCAUAA